AUGGGCUCGCCGGAAGGCACUUGGAGCCCAGUGACCAGCUCUGCCGAGCCAGGCUCACAAGCUCCCCAAGACGGGACCCGGAAACGAAAGCACUCGACAAACGAAACCCGGACAGGACGUCCUACAAAGUACCGCGCAUCGCAAGCAUGCCAGUAUUGUCGAACAAGAAAGGUCCGUUGCGAUGUCCUGAUCAACCGUGGCGGCUGCACGAAUUGCACGCUGGACAGUAGGGAAUGUAUCGUAUUGGCUUCGAGAAGAGGAAGACCCGAGCGCGUUCACGACGACAGAGGCGCCAGAGACCUUCCCAAGUCCCCAGUCCCCCGUUGCUCAGGACAGGUUAGCGACUCGAAUCCAAACACGACAGGAACUGACAACAUGACAAACCAUGGGGCCAUGUCUACGCCGAUGGACUCGGCCGACGCCGGCGAUGUUCCUGUCUGUGUAACUUUUGAGGAGGAUGAAAAGCACGACACUAGCACGACGGAUUAUACGCCUUCUGCUGCCCACGAUGUCCCCAGGCGCGCAGCCCACGAAGCAAUAUCGAAUCCACUACAGCACUAUCCCAGUCCGCCUGGGAUACCCGCGCUUCCCGCGUUCAUCACUCCGCUCCCGGCCCGCAUCUUAACUGAAGAUUUGGACUUUCUUGCACGGAAAGGAGCGUUCACGGUGCCCGAGCCCGAAAUACGAGCUGAGAUCUUGCGGGGUUACAUCUUCAGUGUGCAUCCAUUCAUGCCCAUGCUAGACCUCAAGCCGUUCGUCGAUGCGGUCUCGAACGAGGGUGAAGACAGUCGUGUCAGCCUCCUGCUGUUCCAGGCGGUCAUGUUCGCCGGGCUGAGCUCCCUCGAGCUGCCUUUUGUUCAUCAGCUGGGGUUUGAAUCAGCCAAGAAAGCUCGCGGGGUCUUCUUCACUCGUGUCAAACUCCUCUAUGAAUUCGACGUCGAGCCAGACUGUGCAGCCGUCUUCCAAGCAUUGCUAUUGAUGAGUUCGUGGUACAGCAACUGGAACGAGUGGAGAGACACCUGGCAUUGGGCAGGGCUGGCUCACUUGGUGGCCCAAAACAUGGGACUCCAUCGUGAGCCGACUCAGUCGUGCGGCUCUGACAAGACCCGACGUUUCCGCAGGAGACUUUGGUGGAGUUUGUACAUUCGUGAUCGGACACUUGCACUCGGAACUCGCCGCCCGAUGCGCAUCCGCGAUGAAGACUUUGACGUGGCAAUGCUCACCUUGGAUGACUUUGACAUUGAGCCCUUGGAUGAGUUCAAUCGUGGGUCGCCUCUGAAUCAAAAUGCGGAGGAGCAAAAGUGCACGGCUCUGAUGUGCAUCGAGCUUGCGAAGCUUUGUGUCUGCAUCGGCCAUGUGCUCUCAACCCAGUACACGACGAUGAGCAAUCAGCCCACCGUUCCACACACGGUGAUGGUUGUGGCAAGACGCGAUGGACAGCGCAUCAACGAACUUUCAAAGUGCGAUGACGAGAUCAACGAAUGGCUUCAGGCACUAGGUCCAAACCUCCGCAAGCCAGGCUCGUCGGCAUUCCAGGAUGGCUCACAGAGCUGUUCCGAGGUCCAUUGGGCAAUCCUAAACAUGGCUCAUCAUACGUUGGUGAACGUCCUUCACCGCACCCAAGCCUUACAGCCCUUGUCAGACGCCCCGGAGGCCCUGGCUGUGCAAAGAACAUCGCGAUUGAAGGUCAAAGAUGCCGCACGCAACGUCACCAAGAUUGCGCAGACAAUGUUGCACCGCAACCAAGUAAGAUUCCUCGGACUCGGUGGGAUCACGGCACUUCUUGCGGCGUGCCUAUCUCACAUGGUAGAUAUCCGCUCCGGUGACGAGGAUGUGCGCGAUGCCAGUAUCUUCCGGUUCUAUCAGAGCAUGCAAGUGUUACAGUCCAUGAGGAGUAUGUACGCUACAGCUGACUCGGCUGUCUCUUUCCUGGUAUCCAUCAUCCGGAAAGCUGGUCUUCCGGUACCAGCGCAAGUUGCCAUGCCUGCUCUCGAUCUCAUGUCCGCCUCGGCGGAAAGUCUGGUCCCGCUGACAACGUCAGGUCGGCAAAAUCCUGAUCCAAAUGAUUCUACUGCCUCCCAGGAUGGUUUCUGGGGCAUGGGAAACGUUUCGCCUACUGCUGUUAGGGCCGAUUGGCAGUCCAACCAUUCCCAGACUACCUUACAGCCAAGGAGUCAUUCACCUCUAGCACUUCUCGACUCAAAUCGACAAGUCUUACCCACCAGCGGCGAGAUGCACAUAAUCUCAAUCAAGGACACGGGGAAUCCUUCCACCGACGCGUUCGCUGCCUCUAGUUACAUAUCAACGUCUAGUCAGGCCGCACUUAACACGACUAAAGAUGCCCCAACAAGAGAACAUAACAGUUUCCACUUUAUGGAUACACCCAGGAUUCUGUCAAACUCGGGUGCUAAUGAGCCUUUCUUAGACUGGAAUAGCGGUCUAGAUUCUACUAUGGAUUUUGAACCUAUUGCGUUCAACUACGACUUCUGUUCAGAUACUUUUGGGUUUCUGGAACGUGGCUAG